AUGGCUCUCACGUCGAGAGGAGCUCAAAUGAUAUCGAUCGUUUCAGUACUGGUCGGCCUCUCAUUACUAUCUGUCAUUCUCCGCGUCGUCGCUCGAAUCAAACGCAAAGUAAAGUUUGGAAUGGACGACUACCUCUGCUUUGCAUGCAUGUUUCUACUAUUCGUCAUGCUGAUCGAGCUAUCCCUCUGGGCCACAAUUGGUGGCAGCUACGGAUUCGACCGAAAAUUCCUGAGCAAAGAGAAAAUGAUAAACUUCUACAAAAUCUCCCUCUCCAACGAAUUCACCUACUUCCUCAUCGGCCCCACUAUCAAAGUCUCCGUCAUCUGCUUCUACCGCCGCAUCUUCACCAUCCCCAUCUUCCAACGCAUGUCCUUCAGCCUCAACGCCCUCAUCAUCCUCUGGGGCGCCGCCACCCUUCUCGUCUGCGCCGUUCAAUGCCGCCCCAUGCGCGCCUACUGGGACCCCAGCAUCCCACGCCAAUGUAUCGACAGCUACAAACUCAUCGUCGUAAACCAAAUCUUCAACGUAAUCAUGGACUUCGUCAUCCUCGCCCUCCCCAUCCCCAUGAUCUGGAACCUCCAUCGAACAUGGCAAGACAAGCUCGCUCUCAGUGGCGCCUUCGCUCUUGGUGUCUUCGUCUGCUUCGCCAGUAUCUUCCGCGUCGUCGUACUCUUCUGGGUCAACGCAGGCAAUAUGACAUAUACCGUUUACCAAGCCACACUUUGGACGCAUAUCGAGCCGUCCAUCGCCUUGAUUUGUUCGUGUCUUCCUACCAUCCGCGGCUUGUUUCCGCAGUUCAAACUCCCAAGUCAAAGGAGGCGGAGGUAUGAUCCCGAGGCGCCCCAUUCGGAUGUUAGCACCUCGCAUUUUGUAGCUUCGGGGUGCAAGACCCAAGCCGCUGCUGUGAAGAAUGAGUAUUAUCGUAUGGAGGAGGGGGUUGGGGCGGCGGCGGCGGCGGCGCCGAGUGGUAGUGUUGCCUCCUCCAGGGACAGGGCGCAGUCGUCUAGUGCGAAGACCGAUACGAGCUGGUUGGAUAUUACAGUUCGGACGGAUAUUAAUAUUAGGGAGGAUAAGGUGUCGCAGAUUGAUGUGUGA